CACAUUAAACAUAUUAUUAUAAUACAGUUUAUAACAAAAUAUCAACGAAUAACAUGUAUUAUACAAAAACACAAUAAGUCACCGGUUGAAAACGGCUUCCAAGCUGAACGGUUUGAAAAAGGGGGAGAAGCGACGACUCGAUGGAUUUGGUAAGUGAAGGUUUCGUUCACUAAAGGUCGACAUCCAUUCAGCUGGGACCGCUGCACAUACGAUUACUGAUAAUCAACCAUCCCUUGGAGAGGAGAGGGGGGAAUGUCGACUAUGUGCUGUAACCGACUGCAACAAUUUAAUCGUAAACGUCGAAAACAAUUGCGGAUAGUUACUCUGAACCGGUUCCACCGGAACGAUGACUGUUUCAAGGACAGUUUCGGCGGCGAAUCCGUGCAACUGUCGCCAAAGUCCAUGCGGAGCAAAACACUGUCGCCAAAACCGAUUGCCCGCAGCGGAGUGUCCGGCGGCGGUGUAGGAGGUCCGUGCGCGUGUACAGCCGCGACGGCUGGUGCAGAAUCCAUUGUCAGUAACUUGGCAGCGGUCGUGAAUUCAACGUUUCCGUUUGAAUCGUUUGGUUCCCGCUGGUCUGCGGACGGAAGCGAUUUGACUAGUCCGUCGCCGCGCGCACUGUCAACAAAUUCGCGUUUCGAGCCAUCGGCACAAACGGACGCCGCCGGUCGUCCGAACGUUCUAAAUUUGUACGGGCUUUUGUCCAAUAUGCCAAUGUGGCCAGGUCGAGGACUUCCACUACGCAAACCGGCCGUCCGCGGCGGUGGCGAUCGACGUUAG